GAAGAUGAUAACAAUGAAGGCAGGUUACAAUAGUUUUGAUUAUUAAUGUCAAUCGUUAUCAUUCUGAAACAAUUUAAUGGCUGGUAUAGUUCUUAAAUUAUUCUACAGCUGCAGUUUCACUUUGCUUUAGAUAGUUUAUAUAUGUAGAGAUCUGUAAAUGUCUUAGUUGUUUUCUUUGAGAACUUCAUAAAAUGUAUUGCACUACUUACUUCAUGUUUUUAAUUUUUCGUACCAAUAUUUUAUCUUUUAAUUUCUAGAAAUAAUUUGAGUGAACUACACACUGAAAUGUCAACUACAAAAUAGUUGUCAACAUUCUCUGAAUAACAAAAACAUUGAAAUUUGUUAUAUGAUGUAUUUAGUUUAGACAGCCAAUAAUAAGAUAUUUUUACUUGUGCUGAGAAAUAUUGGUUCCCAUCAUGUUUUAUGCACUAAUAUUUAAAAGCUGGUGUAUAUCAAAAAGGAAAUAUUUCAGUACAAUAUUGAGUAUUGUUUGGCCAAAUUUAAUUUUAUUAGCUAUUAUUUUCAUUAAAGAUUCUCAGAAUCAUGGAAGCCUACCAUCUAUACAACAAAAUGAAAUUAUACCUGACCAAUUAGCAAAAGAAUCUUUUUUGAAAGGAUUGCACAGUUUUAAUUUAGCUUACACCCCAAUAAAUGAAUUUACUAACAGAAUUAUGUCAAGUGUGAAUAUAAAUAACAAAGUUACUUUAGUGCCUUCAAAGACAGCUUCAGAUAUUGAAAAAUGGUUUGCCUCAAUUAAAAGUCAACCUACUUCACUCUUUGUACAAUGUUUUGGCAUCAUAUUUAAUAGUCCUGAGAAUAUAACCAAACCUCCACCAAACUUCAGUUACACGGUUAGAUGGAUGCAUAAUUAUGUCCCAACUGAUUCAAUGUUCCCUGAAAUAGAAAAACCAGGUCCUUUAGAAGCAGGAGGACCUUACAUUUUAAGUGGAUUUUUUGGGCUAAAAACAUUGCUGGAUGAUGCUUUCCUCAGAGAAAUUGGUUCUGAUCAAGUUAAUGAAAGAAUGAAAAUGUUUGGAAUGAGUGAUUUCUAUAUAGUACUUAAUUAUCUCUUACACUCAACUUUAAGGCAAUUUUUUUCUACAUUUUUAUUUUCAAUUUUACUGGUAACUCCUGUGAAAGGACCUGCUUUAUUGGAAAAUUCAAGUUUCAUUUUAGUAUGGUUAAUGUUGAUUUUUGUGUCGAUUCACUCAACAACACACUGUUUAACUAUUGCCUCAUUAUUUAAUAAUGCAAUUUUUCGCCAAUUGGUUGUUACUUCUACAUUUAUUUAUUUCUCUUUAUGGAUUUUAAAUGGAUUUUUAAAAUCUUCAUUCUCAGUGAUUGCUCUGAUCUUAGGGGAUUUGUUUGCACCAUUCUGCUUGGUUCACAUUAGUCAAAUAUCCUGUCAAUUGGAAUCUAAUGGUGGUAUAACCUUCAGUGAACUAUUUUCUUCAAAUGCUAUGGACUCAGAUUUACCACUUAUUGUAGUCUUUUUGUGUAUGAUUACUGGGUCUAUUUUAAACAUGCUUUUGUAUGUUUAUAUGCUGAAUGUUAAACCUGGGCCUUAUGGCAGUGCUAAACCUUUUUAUUUCAUAUUACCUAACAAAUGCUUAUCAUUGUUUAAAAUAUCACCAUUAAAUUCAGAUAAUGAUGAAAAUGAAAGACAUUUAAGAAGAGGGUUGUAUGAGAGUGUUCCUGAUCGUGUUGAAGUUGGAAUAAAAAUUAUGAAUCUUAAAAAAAAAUUUGGUCAUUUCACAUCUGUUAAAAACUUAUCAUUAGAUAUAUAUGUUGGACAGAUUACUGUUCUGUUAGGGCAUAAUGGUGCUGGAAAAACAACUACCCUUUCAAUGUUAUCAGGAAUGCUGUCACCAUCUUCAGGAUCAGCUGUGUACCGAGGAUACAAUAUUUUUACUGAUUUAAAAGGAUUUCGCAAAGAUUUAGGACUUUGCCCUCAGCAUAAUUUACUACAUUUAGAUCUUUCAGUGAUAGAUCAACUUAUAUUUUUUGGAAUGGUAAAAGGACUUUCCAAGAAAGAUGCUAAGGAACAAGCUGUUGUAAUUUUAAAGGAAGUUGGUUUGUCUGAAAAAAUUAAUGAGGUAUCAUCAAAUCUUUCUGGUGGAAUGCAGCGAAAAUUAUGUAUUGCCUUAGCAAUGAUUGGUAGACCUAAGGUGGUCAUUCUUGAUGAACCUACUUCAGGACUCGAUCCUGAGUCAAGAAGAGAAAUUUGGAAUAUUUUGUUGAAAUCACGAGGUGAACGUAUGAUGUUAAUCACUACCCAUUUCAUGGAAGAGGCUGAUGCUUUAGGAGAUCAAAUUGCUAUUAUGAAUCAUGGUGAAAUUUUUUGUUAUGGGACACCUUUAUUUUUGAAAAAACAAUAUGGUGCUGGGUACCAUAUCACAAUAUCUUACCAAAAUCCAGAAAAAUGCCAAUCCAUAAUUCAAACUGUUAAUUCCAAUAUAUCUGAGGCUGUUAUUAUCAAUCAAUCUGUAGAAUGGAUUAAAUUUGGUAUUCCUUUUUCAAGAGUUACAGAAUUUCCAGUUUUAUUCAAACUGUUGGAAUCUCGUGAAGAUUUGGAAAUUUCUAGAGUUGGAAUUAAUUGCACAACAAUGGAAGAUGUUUUUAUCAAAGUUCAGGAUGAGGCAGGGGAUGCCAGGUCAAUAUCUCAGGGAAUGAUGAAUGACAAUGAUGAAAGAACUGACUCAAAUAUUGGUAAUAUUUAUAUGCUGUAUGUUGAACGAUUUUUGGGGCUCGUUUAUAAAAAUAUGAAUCGCACACUGAAGAGAUGGUUCCCAAAUCUAUUAAUUCUUGUUUUCGUUCCUGUUCUAAUUGCUUAUUUUGCAAUGGAUCCACUUGAUAAGUUUGUCCUAGGAAAAAAUGAUACUACAAAUUUAACCCUAGCAUUAAAUAUUUAUGGGCCAACUGAAGUCCUUAUAUAUGGAAGAAAUAAUACCAGAAUGAAAAAUGCUUUUUUAUCCGUUGUAGAAAAAGAAGGAAGCUCCAGUGUAGAUGUUACUGGUCAAAAUAAAAACAAUUCUAUAUUGCAAGAACUUCUCAAAGUUGCUGUUGAGGACAAAAACAAAUUUUUUAAAUCCAUGAUUGCUGCUGCUGAUUUCAGUAAAUCUGUACCCAAUUUUCUUUAUUCAUCUAUGGCAAACCAUGCACCAAUUAUAGCUCUUGAUCUUCUUUAUAAUACUAUUCUUCAAUCUAGUAAUCAUACUUCUAAUUAUAUGAUCAAAACAAGCAGUCAUCCCAUUAGUACAUCCUUGGGAAUAUGUGGGGAUGAUGGCAUUGGAUUGAUUAGUUCUACUGCAGCAUGGAUUAGUACUCUUCCUCUGGGUCUUUUUAUAGUUUGUUCCAGUUUUAUUAAAAAUGUUCAUGAAGAAAGAAUAUCUUCAUUAAAGCAUCUCAUUCUAAUGACUAAUAUCUCACCUGUGACCUAUUGGACUUCAUUCUUUAUUUGGGAUAUAGUUCUUUACAUUGUUUCUAUUUCACUAAUUAUGAUUACAUUUGUCUUUAUGGAUACUUCAGAAAUACUUUAUAUCGAUAAUGGCCUUUAUUCACUUUUUCUGGUAUUCUUCUUAUUUGGAUUCAGUAUGAUUUGGCUAACUUAUUUCUUAACCUUUUUUUUCAAGACUUCUUUAGGUGCUACAACUGUAUAUUAUUCAGUUAUUUUUGUUUUAGGUUGGAUUGGGUUUGCUGUUAGUAGUCUUUGCCCUGUUGAGUAUAAAAGUUAUGCUGAUGUUUUAAAAUUACAUCCGUUGACUUCAUUAGCUGAAGCCAUAUUUAAAUUUAUUACUACUGCAAUAUCAAAAUUUAAGUGUCAAAAUUGUCUACCUGAUGUUACUUCAAAUAUGAAUUGUCCUGAAAUUUUAAAAUAUUCCUAUUUUAGUGAAAUGAAAAAUAGUUUAUUGUUUCUUGGAACAGCGUGGGUUAUAUGGUUAAUUUUGAUAAUUUUGAAGGAUUAUGGUAUCUUUUCACUUCUCUGGAACAAACUAAAUUCCUUAUAUCUUGGACAUAUUGAAGCAUCUAACUUGAGAAGUAUUGAAAGUGAUGUUGCUAAGGAGAAAGACAAAGUUGAUGCAUCUCUAAGCUUAACAGAUGAAGAUGGAGCACCAAUCGUGAUUGUUGAUAGUAUUGCAAAAAAAUAUUCACGCUCAAUGAUUGCUGUUUACGAUGUUAGUUUUACAUGCAAGGAAGGCGAAUGCUUUGGUCUCUUAGGAGUGAAUGGUGCUGGUAAAACUACAACAUUUAGUAUUUUGAGUGGAAUGAUACUACCUACUCAAGGAAAUGCAUUUAUUAAAAGCUAUUCUUUAGAGCAAAACAAACGAAAAUGCUUAUCAUAUAUGGGCUACUGUCCUCAGUUUUCUGCUCUGAUAGAUGAUCUUACAGCAAAACAGAUACUCACAUUAUUUGCUAAAUUACGUUUGGUCCCGUCUCAUAAUGUAGAUGCGACGGUCAUGAAUUGGAUUCGUCUACUUGGACUUGAGGAAUAUUGUGAUAUUUGCUGUGGAGUUUAUAGUGGAGGAAAUAUGAGAAAACUUAGUACUGCACUAGCUUUUAUUGGUAAUCCUCCAAUCAUUCUUCUUGAUGAACCUUCAAGUGGAGUUGAUCCGAUGAUUCGUAGAAAUUUAUGGGAUGUAAUCAAGAGAAGUUCUAAUAGAAAGCAAGCUAUUAUUAUUUCAUCUCACAGUAUGGAUGAAUGUGAAGAGGUUUGUAAUAGGCUUACUAUUAUGGCUAAAGGAAGAAUGCAGUGUAUUGGUAAUGUUCAGCACUUGAAAUCUUUGUAUGGACAAGGUUAUAUAAUUAUGAUUAAAUUGAAAAAUCAUUCUGAAGAGCAGCGUGAUGCUUUAAAAAUGGAAAUGAAACAUAUUUUCCUGUCAAAAUGUAUUCUCAAAGAUGAGCACCAGGUUCUUCUUCAUUAUCACGUGGACACAAAUGUUUUCAAGGUCUCUGAAUUAUUUAGUUCAAUGGAAAGCUUAAAGAAAAGAUUUAUUAUAAUUGAUGAUUACAUCAUCACUGAUUCGAGUUUGGAACAGGUGUUUCUUUCCUUUGCGAAAAAACAAAGCUUUUAAUAUAUUCUUGUAAAAUGAUCAUUUAUUUUUAAUAUAUUUAUAACCUAUAUAAAAAUUAUUCCACAAACUUCUUUUGUUAUUGACUUAAAGGUUAUUUACCAUUUAUAUUAAUCUGCUGGCUCUCGACUUAAAAAAUAUAUACCAAAAAAUAUUUAGGGCUGUUGAUUGAAAAGCUUUAAGAUUAAUUAAGAGAGUUAUGUACUAAUUUUAUGUGUAUAGAAGAGUUUAGAUUUAACAAUUAUUUGCUGUAACAAUUUUUCAAAAUCUGUUAAAUUGAAUUUCAUUAUUUGUACUAUUUAACUGAUAAAAUUGUUGAAAAUAUUUCAUUAUUUUCAUUGUGAUUGUCAUAAAGUUUCUGUCUUAUUUUCUACUUAAUUAUAUAAGUUAUGUUUUGUUUAGUUACUAUUUUUUUUUUGUAGCUCACAACUUUUACUAUGAUCUAUACAUAUUUUUCAUUACUAUUAAUAAAUAAAGUGAGUUAAUAUUUAUUUUUAUUGUCAUUAUAGGUACUUAUUAAUUUUUGUUAUUUAAUUUAAGUAUUAUCUAAUGAUUAUAUAAGUGUUUAAUUUAUUUAAAUUUUGAAUUAUAAUUUUUUAAUUGUAUGUUUCUAAGCUUAUGUCCAAAUAAAGAAUUAUUUUAUGAUAUUUA